AUGAAGCGGGGCAAACCCCCGCACCGCUUACCACCCCACCCCGGCGGCGGCACCAAAGAAGCGCCCAGCCCUGAGACUAAGGAUUUGCUACUUCUUUUUGGCGACGUUGCGCUUGGGUGCGGAAGAGGAGCAAUGUUUCUACCAGCGCCUUGCCCCGCGGCACCCGCAUUCGGGCGGUGUGUUUUCCGCCGCGCCCGCCGACCCCCGAGGUUUUUUUGCUUGGCCGCGGCGAAGCCCCGCAUACAAAAGAAGCGAAAGGCACGUGCAAAACCAUUCUGGUAUUCGUACGGCGCCAGACAAGAUGCUGUAUGGGGGGCGGCUUUGGUUGGGAAGGCGCGGCCGCCAGCCGGCGUGCGGCCUCUGGCCCGUGGCCUCGCCAAGCUCGGGGAGGGCCCCCAGAGGAAUUGCGGGUGGCCCGGGCACACCAAACAGGCCGGCACCCCACGGUGCCUCGCCACGCCGAAGGCCGCGCCACCUAACCGCGGCACCGCCAUGGCAACCGCAGCGGGGAAGCCGGGGGAAAAGGCGAUUUGUCUUUGA